AACUGAUUUACCCUUGUUGCUUGGAUCAUCUGGAUAGUGGCCAUGUGAUCUGCACUUGAACUGAGAGGGUCCGAGUUUACAACACUUAUUGCAGAAUCCUGGGACAUUCUCAAAUGAGCAAUGUAGGAUGAGAUCUCUAGGGCCGAUUCUAAUGUGAACCUGUGGAGGAAGAGGCCUAGAAAUGUCCAUCUCAAUGCAGCACCUAGCUUCUUUAGUGCGAAUCAGAUGGGCUGUUCUAGAGUCCAUGAUACAUGGUUUCCCCAAGGUGCUAGCUACGGAUAUCAUUGUUGGAAAGUCUGCGAUGUUUGAAUCCUCCUUUGAAUCCUAUGCCAACAAGGAACUCUUUGAUUGUCAGCAAGUUGAGGUGCCUGCUAGCUCUGCCUACCAGUGCAUAUUGAAGAUUCUCACAGAGUUGUCUUUCUUCUUCCAAAAUACAGAGGAAUACUUGCAGUGGACUACUCAACCUAUCCAAGACCUAAGCUUCAAGGAAGCUUUCAAUAUUAUUCAGCAACAAGAGGAAGGGGAAAUAAUCUUACCAUUACAGAUCACUUGGAGCUCAAAGCAAAUCCCUAAAGUGGCCUUCUUUCAAUGGAGGCUAUACCUCAACCUUCUCCCAUUCCCUCCCACCCUCACCAAAUUUGGUAGAAACUCCCUUCCCUCAAUCUAUGUCGGCGGAGAUGAUGAGGUCCAUGACGAGGAAGGCGUAUGGCAAGCUCCGCUCAGUGGCGAUGGAGGCGCAAUCCGCCAUGUGGAUCAUCACGAAUUUCGCCCAAUUGAUGGAGGCGCCGUGGAUGAUGGCAUGAAUCGCCUUCAAGUCCUCGUUGAAGAGCGAGGUGUGGCUGCUGUCCCGGGGGCGGAGAAUCCGGGUGAUGAUGUAGAGGAGGAGGCGCUUGUCUGGUGGGGCCGAGUGAAUCGUCGGUGCGCCGCUGUGGCGGAUCAAGUUGGCGAUCCCAAGCUCACGAAUGACGACCGCCUCGUUGUUGAGGAUCCAAUCGUCGCCACCAUAGGUUGCGAUGUCGUCACCGCGGAUGGGAAGCCCUGCGACCCGAGCAAAGGUAGGCAAAUCAAUCUCUAUGUCGUAGAGAUUGAUGCUGCUGCGAAUGGUGUCCCCGUCACGGCGGAGAUUGGAGUAGAAGGCUCGCACAAAGGCAAGAUUGAAGCUCGAGCGACUACUGGAGACGAACGACCACAGACCCGAUGCUUGAAGCUGAUUGUCGAGGUCGUGGUACCCCUUUUGUUAAGGGUACAACUCGGGCAGCACCCUAGGCGGAGAAAUGGGACGCUUGGCAAAGUGCGUGAGGAACCGGUUGAGUUCCUCCUCCGACCCGAACUCCAAGAAGGAUCCGUCCAAAUAUGGGAACGGAGGAGGCGCGGAGCUUGAGGGUUCGGCGGUGCUUUUCUUCUCUGAAGCCUUUGACUUUGAUCAUCCUCCGGCCAUGAUUGAGGCGUUUUUGAAGAAAGAUUGAUGAAAUAAGUGGUAUAGGCUAAAGAGAUGAAAUAAUGAUGUUAAUUGUGUGUUAAGAAGGGAAGGGAUGAUGUGAAUAUAUAGGGAGAGGAGGAAAUCCCGUUUGAAUUUUGAAAAAAAGAGCUGUUGGGCCAUAAAUGUUGUCUCCAACG